CUCCCGAACUUCCAUAUCUCUCCUCUGCUCUCACUCUCCUCCCACCCACUCCAGAAAACCUCACAAAAACCCUCGCUCCCCACAACCCGCCGCCGCCCACGCCGCCGCCUGUACCAGCGGCGUCAAGAUGAGUCGGCACCCUGAAGUGAAGUGGGCUCAGAGGAUCGACAAGGUUUACAUCACUGUACAGUUACCUGAUGCCAAGGACGCUAAGGUCAAUUUGGAACCAGAUGGUGUCUUCACAUUCUCUGGCAGUGCUGGUACAAACUUAUAUGAAUUGAAACUAGAUCUGAAUGACAAAGUAAACGUUGAGGCUAGCAAAAUAAGUGUGGGUGUCAGGUCCAUAUUCUGUAUUGUAGAAAAAGCUGAGGCCAAAUGGUGGAAGAAACUUGUUCGAGAUGAUCAAAGGGCACCUCACUUUGUGAAAGUUGAUUGGGACAAAUGGGUUGACGAAGAUGAUGAUGGUGCUGAUGUCAACUUGGAUGGGAUGGACUUCUCGAAUUUUGGCGGUAUGGGUGGUAUGGGUGGCAUGGGUGAUAUGGCUGGCUUGGGUGGUCUUGGUGGAAUGGGUGGUAUGGGAAUGGAUGAUUUUGAGGAUGAUAGUGAUGAAGAAGAAGUAUCGAAACCUCAAGCUGCCGGACAUGCUGCUGAGGCCGAGAAGACUGAGUCGGCGGAAGCCAAGACUGAGUCGGCUCAGAGCAGUUGAAGAUGCUUCCGACAUGAUCUAAACUAGUUGUAUCGUCAAGUUAAUUCUGCUGAAUCGGUGGACAAACUUCUACGUUGUGGCACUGGCCGAUCCCAGUGACUUGCCCUAAAAUUUACGUUCUGUCUUUACAUGGGCAUCCUAGUGUUGUGCUCAUCACAUUAUUGAUAUUGUUUCUGUGAUGCUUCCUUUGGUCGACAAUCAUGUGCUGGAGUUUGUUUACUGGAUUGCUUUUCUUCUGUGGUUUUUGGCUUUAUACCUGUAUGGAAAGCUGGAGCCGCAAAUGGAGAAAUAGGGAACGACGUGUAUUUUUGUUCUUUGGGGGUACUUGUGCACAUUUGUUUGGUUCCUUACCGUAUAAUACUCUAAAUUUUAAGCU